GAGCGUGCUAAUGUGACCAAAAUUAUCGUUUUUGUUAAUGAUGUUAAAAAGGUGAUAGUCAGUGUGACAAAUAACUUGAAAUAACUUUGACAACUUCCUUGAGGACUGGUCUGAAAAUGUUUUUCUAAUGUAGUUUUAACCAUUUUAAAGGCUAAUAGUUUUGAUGUCUGUAAAAGUAGAAACUUCUGACCUUUGAAAUGCAUCAAAUCGGGACAUAUUUGUCUAUCGGUCCAUAGUUUCUCAUUGGUUCAUAUGCAUAAAUCAGAAAUAUAGUUCGGUAUCUAACUUUAUUUAAAACUGCAGAAUCAGUAAUACAAUUUUAAGUUGCGCCCUUACAGUUUUCAUGUUACCUUUUUAAUUCUUUACAAUCAAGUGUCAAUAUUUGCUUUUAAAAAAUAAAACAACAUUCACAUAAAAUAUGAGUUGAAAGAUGACUUUAGAACAGAUUUUUAAAUGUAUUUGCUAAAAAAAGAGUGAGAGAAAGAAAUAUUUCCAAUUUGUUGCAUUCAUUUAGAAUAUAAACAAAGCUGGUACAGAUAAGUAGCAAAAAAGACAAAAAUAUUUGACAUAUUUUGUAAUUUCAAGAAUAAACACACUUAUACCACAAAAACAAAAUAAACUCAUGCAACUAAAAUGAAGCUAGAACACCUCUAGCCUCAAUGAGGAAGAAGUACAAACUCUGAUUCAUUUUAUAUCCCUAAGACAACAACAAGAUCUUUGGUUGCAGAACUACUGAAUGUUCCAGGUAUGACAAUCCUUUUAAAUUUGAUAACAUGUGUGAUGGUUGAUUUCCAAUCCACAGUUUUGCUUCAAAGGUCACAGCUCAUUCCUAGAUCCAUUGCCAACCAUGUGAAGCUGCUGCAUUACAGCUCAGGUUUUAUAAUGAAAUCUAAGGGCUACUGUUGUUGUCAGUAAACUGCACCUGUCCCGCCUCUUCAGGAUGACAGCUCAAACUGUCUCCUCUGUGAUGGAAGCGCCCCGCUAUAGACCCGUUCAGGGUUGCUCGACAGUAGCUGGGUCGGAUCCAGCAGAGUUCUGAAGAUGAAUGGGCCGGACGGAGGUUAUGGAAGCGCCGAGAGGUUCAGGGAUACUGACUGCUUAUGGGAAGUGUCUGUGAAAUGUUCCAUAGUUAGAGAGCCCCAGUCGACUGAGCUCACUGGACUCUUUGUGGAGAAACCACCAAGCAACGUAGUGGCAGUAGCCGGAUCGGACGUGACUGUUGUUGCCAAGGUGGACUCAACCACCCUGACAAGAAAACCCACCAUGAAGUGGCUGAAGGGAAAGUGGAUGGACCUUGGCAGCAAAGCUGGGAAGCAUUUCCAGUUCAAGGAAACUUACGACAGAAAUACUAAAAUCUACACUUACGAAAUGAAGAUCGUCAAAGCAGUCCCAGGGGACGCUGGCGGCUACAGGUGUGAGGUGACAGCUAAAGACAAAUGCGACAGCUCCACUUUUGAGGUUUCUGUGGAGGCUGCACACCAGGAGGAGCAAGCAGAUAUUUUGUCUGCUUUCAAGAGAGCGGAUGCUGGAGAGGAUGAGGGAGAACUUGACUUCAGUGCCCUACUGAAAGCCACCAAGAAAAAGAAGAAAGCUGAAAAACAGGAACCAGAGAUAGAUGUGUGGGAAUUGCUUAAAAGUGCCCACCCAAGCGAGUAUGAGAAAAUUGCCUUUAAGUAUGGCAUCACUGACCUGAGGGGCAUGCUGAAGCGUCUGAAAAAGAUGAAAGAACAGCCAGUAAAGCACAGUGAGGCUUUUCUGAAAAGGCUUGAAUCUUGCUACACUGUGGACAAAGGGAAGAAAAUUGUCAUGUCUUGUGAAGUUCUUGAUCCAAACGCCCAGGUCAAAUGGUUGAAGAACGGCCAGGAGAUCAAACCUUCAGCCAAGUACGUCAUGGAGGCCAACGGGAACGUCCGAACUCUGACCAUCAACAAAACCAAUCUGGCUGACGACGCGGCGUACGAGUGUGUGGUCGGGGAGGACAAGUGCUCCACGGAAGUUUAUGUCAAAGAGCCUCCAGUCACCAUCACCAAGCUGAUGGAUGAUUACCAUGUGGUUGUGGGCGAAAGAGUGGAGUUUGAGAUUGAAGUGUCAGAGGAAGGUGCACAUGUCAUGUGGUGCUUUGAGGAUCAAGAACUCCACAAAGACAAAGAGUCCUCCAAGUACCGCUUCAAAAAGGAUGGAAAGAAGCACACUUUUAUAAUUCUAGAGGCUACCCUGGAUGACAUUGGCAUGUACCAUGCCUGGACAAACGGGGGUCACACCAAAGGAGAGCUGGAGGUGGAAGAAAAGGAGCUGGAAGUGUUGCAGGACAUCGCCGAUUUAACAGUCAGAGCAACAGAACAGGCAAUGUUCAAGUGUGAAGUGUCUGAUGACAAGGUCACCGGAAAGUGGUACAAAGACGGCGUGGAGGUCCUACCAAGCGAACGCAUCAAAAUGACUCACAUUGGAAGGUUCCACCGGCUGUUAAUUGAAGAUGUGAAGCCAGAGGAUGCUGGAGACUACACAUUUGUUCCUGAUGGAUAUGCUCUGUCACUUUCUGCUAAACUGAACUUCUUGGAAAUCAAGAUUGAUUAUGUGCCCAGACAAGAUCCCCCAAAGAUCCACCUGGACACCACGGGAAACAUGGUCUCCCAGAAUACCAUUAUUGUGGUGGCGGGCAACAAAUUACGCCUGGAUGUCGAGAUCACAGGAGAACCAGCUCCCACUGUGGUUUGGUCUAAAGGAGAUAAACCAAUCACAGAGACUGAAGGCCGUGUGAGGGUAGAGUCCCGGAAGGACCUUAGCUGCUUUGUCAUUGAGGGGGCAGAAAGAGAUGAUGAGGGCAACUAUAGUAUCUGUGUCACCAACCCCGCUGGAGAGGACAAGGCUAUGCUGUUGGUGAAAAUUGUGGAUGUGCCUGAUCCCCCUGAGAAUGUUAAAUGCACUGGAGUGGGAGAGGACUGUGCCACUAUUAUUUGGGAGCCUCCCAAAUUUGAUGGGGGAGCGCCAAUCAAAGGUUAUCUCAUGGAAAGGAAGAAGAAAGGCUCCUCCAGAUGGACAAAACUGAACUUUGAUGUGUAUGAGUCAACCACAUACGAGGCCAAAAGGAUGAUUGAAGGAGUUUUGUACGAGAUGAGAGUGUUUGCCGUUAACAGCAUCGGCAUGUCUCAGCCAAGUCUGAACUCCAAGCCCUUCAUGCCCAUCGCACCAACUAGCGAGCCAACUCGCCUGACCGUCCACGAUGUGACAGACAGCACAUGCAGCUUGAAGUGGCUCGCCCCAGAGAAGAUCGGAGCUGGAGGUCUGGAUGGCUACAUCAUUGAGUACUGCAAGGAGGGAGGUAACAACAACCGGUUCUUAUACUUGAUGAGUAAAUACACAAUAUUGAUUAAAAGAGAUAAUCAAAGUCUUCUGUUUUUCUCAGGCACGGACUGGGUUCAAGCUAACACAGAUAUUUGUGAGCGGCAGGGAUUUGUGGUGCGUGACCUUCCAGUGGGGGAGAAAAUCAACUUCAGAGUGAUAGCGGUGAACAUUGCCGGUCGCAGUCCACCCGCGACCUUGGCGCAGCCAGUCACCAUCCGAGAAAUUGUUGAACAUCCAAAGAUUCGCCUUCCUCGCGAGCUAAGAACAAAAUACAUCAGGAGAGUGGGAGAAAAGAUCAACCUGACCAUCCCAUUCCAGGGUAAGCCUCGACCUGUUGCCACCUGGUACAAGGAUGGUAAACCCAUUGACCCAAAGAUGGUCAAUGCCCACACCUCACAUGUGGAAAGCAUCCUCUUCAUUCGCUCGGCGGAGAGAGAUCACUCUGGAACGUAUGAGCUGGUGUUACAGAUUGAGAACAUGGAAGACAGAGCAACUAUUAAUAUUCGGAUUAUUGAGAAGCCAGGGCCACCCCAAAAAGUGAGAGUUACUGACGUUUGGGGCUUUAACGCUGCUCUGGAGUGGGACCCACCCAAAGAUGACGGCAACAGUGAGAUUACUGGAUACUGUAUCCAGAAAGCAGAUAUGAAGACCAAGGAAUGGUUCACCGUUUAUGACCAUAACAGACGGACAAACUGCACAGUUUCAGACCUGGUAAUGGGCAAUGAAUAUUCAUUCCGCGUCUACAGUGAAAACCUUUGUGGUUUAAGUGAGGAUCCUGGCCUCAGCAAGAACACAGCUGUUAUUUCUAAAUCAGCCCUCGAGCACAAAAGAAACCCUUACAAGGAGAAGGACAUGACCUGUGCGCCCAAGUUUACUCAACCGCUGGUGGACAGAACGGUUGUUGCUGGUUACAGUAUGGCCAUCAGCUGUGCUGUGAGAGGCUUCCCUAAGCCUAAGAUUGUGUGGAUGAAGAACAAAAUGAUCAUUGGAGAGGAUCCCAAGUAUUUGAUGCAGAACAACCAGGGAGUGCUGACCCUCAACAUUCGGAAGCCAAGCACCUUCGACGGAGGCAAAUACUCCUGCAUGGCUGUCAACGAGUUGGGCAAGGAUGAAGUGGAGUGCAAGCUGGAUGUGAAAGUUGCCGCAGACCCAGAGAAGCAAUGAGAACUAAAGAGCAAACAAUGUAAAAGUUGAACCAAAUAUUGAAUGAGUAGUAAAUGUCACCGUAGAGUCAUAAUCAAAUACAAUUUAUUGAUAGAUGCUAAACUUUCUGUUUAAUUGAUCAUCACACAUAGAGAAGAAGCCUCUAGAUUCAAUCAUAUACAGAAAAAAGACGACAGCCAAUGAUUAUCAGAGCUCUUCCCCUCUUGAGGGUGUUUGUUUUUAUAAACACUGAUUUGUGGCCGUCCUUUUCUCACACCUCCCUGGAGUAGCGUCCUCUCCGUCUACGGAUCGCCACACCUGUACUGAACAACAGCGCCACUGCCAGGACUCCCACUGCCACUGCAAGAGCUGUAAUGACCCCUGUGAACAGUUUGGUCUCUGUCAAUUCUAAAGCUUUCGAUAUUUUUAAAGCCUGUGUGUUGUGCACUGAAGCAAAUCCCCUCACCUGUGCUCGACCAUUUAGUUCUCAAGCCACACUCAACAUCCACGUCUUCUGCCAGCACAUCCCGCACCAGCUCAGUGAACAUUGACAAUGGGCAGGGGUGCAACCCAUUGCAUCCUGGCACAGAAUUGGGGUGGGGGUCACGCCAAGUCUCAUUGCGGUAAUACAUUUCCAGUGAAUAGGAUCUGUAGUUUAUUUGCAUGAAAACAAUGAGAUGACAAACAUUUGCAUGUUAAAAAAAUGUCAUGGAGUGAUAGUUUUAUCACAGUGAUGUUAAAAAAUGUUUAAUUUGAACAGGAUUCAAGGGAAAGAAUGUGUACUUUUAUAAGUUUUGUGAAUGCAACGACUUGAAAUAUGAAUGUGUUUGACUGUCUGUGUGUGACCUAGAUAGCAUACUUUAAUAUGCAAGGAGAGGUAAAAAAACUGGAAAGAAGUCAUUACCCAUCAUACUCCUGGUAGAACUCAAAGAGCUGACAGGCGGCGUAGGGAGGAAGAAGGCCGUUGUAUACGUCCAAAGCUGCCUGGAGGGUGAUGAGUGUAGAAUCAUGCUAGAAAAAAAAGAACAAAGCAUCAAAGUGUUUUUAGAAAAAUAUGAAAUACCAGUUUGGAAAAUUGUUGAUGCAUGUAUGAAAACAAUAAACUUACAGCUGAAUACAU